ACCCCUUCGCUACAACACUCGCUCUCCCCGCAGAACCCGGGAUCCUGGACUGCCCCGGCCUCACAGGCUCCUGUCCUGCAGACGGACGCCCCUAAGGUCUACCUCGAACUACCAUGACAUCAUGGCAAGAUUUCGCCGGAGAACGUGCAUCAUUUUGUUACUCUUCAUUUUAUUUAUUUGCUCCAUAAUGAUGGCCUUGAAAACUCUGAGACCUGAAAGAGCUGGAUUUGGAGAUCCAUUUGGCCUUGGCCUUUUACCAGAUUUUCAGCAACGGACAACACAUUUAAAAAACAAGUUCAACCUGCAGAACAGAGCUAAGGAAGAUAGCUUCACACAUACUAAAAAUUUGCAACCGCUGACAAUGAAUAUCAAAACUUCUAUGGCUUCUGUAGGAAAACUGGAAGACUUACCUGCUCCAAAUUACAAUUUCCAUGUGUUUUACUACAGCUGGUUUGGGUCUCCACAGUUUGAUGGUAAAUACAUUCACUGGAACCAUCCAUUAUUGACUCACUGGGAUGCCAAAAUUGCAAGUGGUUAUCCAAAAGGAAGACACAGUCCUCCAGACGAUAUUGGAGCCAGUUUUUACCCUGAACUCGGGCCUUACAGCUCCAAAGACCCUUCUGUCAUAGAAGCUCACAUGAAGCAGAUAAGUUCGGCUUCCAUUGGGGUAUUGGCCCUUUCUUGGUACCCACCUGGUAUGGCAGAUGAAAAUGGAGAACCAACUGAUGGUCUGGUGCCUACAAUUUUGGAUAUUGCACAUAAGUACAAGCUAAAGGUUGCCUUCCAUAUUGAGCCAUACAAAGAUAGAGAUGAUCACACUAUGUACAGCAAUGUCAAGUAUAUCAUUGAUAAAUAUGGAGAUCAUCCAGCUUUUUACAGACAUAAAGUCAGUACCGGUAGAACCCUUCCCAUGUUUUAUGUUUAUGAUUCAUAUAUAACGAUGCCUGAAAUGUGGGCAAAUCUGCUCACUGUAUCAGGAUCCCAGAGUAUACGCAACACACCAUAUGAUAGUUUAUUCAUUGCUCUUCUGGUGGAAGAAAAACACAAGCAUGAUAUCCAUAAAAGUGGCUUUGAUGGGAUUUAUACGUACUUUGCCACAAAUGGCUUCUCUUAUGGAUCAAGCCACCAUAACUGGCCAAGUCUGAAAGCUUUUUGUGACACAAAAAACCUAAUAUUCAUUCCGAGUGUGGGACCGGGCUAUGUCGAUACCAGCAUCCGACCAUGGAACAACCACAACACACGGAACCGUGUCAAUGGCAAAUACUACGAGACUGCCUUCAGUGCCGCACUUCUUGUACGGCCUGAAGUCAUUUCCAUCACCUCUUUCAAUGAAUGGCAUGAAGGGACUCAGAUUGAAAAAGCCAUUCCAAAAAAGUUUGGAAAGACAACUUACCUGGACUAUCAGCCUCAUAAACCAAAUAUUUAUUUGGAGCUCACUCGCAAAUGGUCUGAGAAAUAUAGCAAAGAAAAAGAGCAGUGGCUUACAUGAAGUCCUACUGCAACAAGGAACCCAUCAUUGUGACCUACUGAUAACUUGAGAACAUCUUAAUUUGUGAGGCUGUAGUUUGCACUGUGGCUAUAGCUCUGUUUUCACUUUAAGAACUAAAGGUAACCAUGACAAGCAAUACUAGCCCCUUGGGUUUUUAAACUAUAUGGAGAAUAUGCUGGCAGUGCUAAAUAUUGUACAUAUUAAUAUUCUGGGUAUUUACAAGUACUCUGCCAAGAACAUUUGAUUGGUUCUUCAAGCAGGAUGAUGCAGAACGUAUUUUAACUUGGGUUGCAACCCAAGCAGUUCCAGAGGAUAUUUGCACACAGCUGGGCAUCUGAGCUUCCCCCUAUCCAGAAGAAACCCCCCAAGUUUCCCCUCAAAGCAAGUCAAGUUAAGUUUAGAAGCAGCUUCCAGUGCAGUGUGAGGGGCCAUAGCUGUGCAACAAAGCUUAACAAACCUUGGUACUUGUGUGGAAGCCCUCCUGUGCAAACUCUGUCAAUAAUGGCCUUUGAACAAGUGUGAACAAAUCUGGCACUCAUAGUUCCUUUAAGUUUAAUGUAUACCUGAUGCAGGAGACUUCUUAUCCAUUGAUAAAGUGCAGAAUCCACUAGAAUUUUUUUCCGCUCAAGAACCACUUAAAAAUGAAUUGGAGUUGUGAAAGAGCAUAGCCUGCUUUUCAUCUGCAGCUCCCAUUCAUUUCAUUGCACACAGCCAGAACUGGAAGUAGAUGCCCACAGUGUGUCUUUUGUAAGGUUCAUAGAAUCUAAAAAAGUCUUACCUUUAGAUUUGCAUAUCUUUUUGGCAGAAAUGAUAAGUGAGAACUGUUGCGAUAUUCAUAGUUUAUAAUAGUUUCAGUUAUGCGAUUUUAUGAAAUGUUUGCUAAGUUGCAUUUAUGUGAUGUUAUUGUCAGCAUAAGUAGCACUAGGAAACAGUAUUAUCCUCUCAUCAACUAAAACUGGAAAGAGGAAUAUCUAAAUUUAGGGUGAAAAUCACCCCACCCACCCAUGCAUAAGUAGAACAUAGGGCUGCUUGCACACCUGGGGAGGAGUACAACUCUUUCUUGCAGCAGCCCUUGUUCCAUUCCACUACAGAAAGCAUUCUAACUUUGGGGGAAGGUUUUAUAGAGCUUUAGGGGAGCUUAAAACUGCCGUGUGAAAGCGUAGCAGCCUUUGACAUUUGGAUUGAAUUGCAGCCAUUUUCACAGAAGAAAAAAAUGUCUUUGCUGUUUAUACUGUUUUAGGGAGCUGUAACUUUUCAGAAAAUAGGGUGAAAAAAUGAUAUUUUAAACCAGUAUAAAUUGUGAGUCAUGUGAGGAUAGGUAGAGGCUGAAAAGGUUGCUUUUAAAAGUGUUGCCUUUUUUCCUGCAUUGGAGUAAUUGGAAAUACCAAGUUUGAUUCAGGGGGUGGAGACUGCCCAAGAUAAAAGCCAUCAAGGUCAUGUCAUAAUUAUAAAUGCACUUUCUUCACUUGCAUUCUUAUUAAAGAAGAUUGGGGUUGCUCCCAGACAGAGGGCCUUUAAGCACUACUGAUCCAAAGGUUUUGUAUAGCUAGUCUUUCUUUUCCUCAACUGAUUUUUUUCUGGGGGUGUGAGAGAUGGAAGAAGUAGUGGGGAAAACAUGGGAGGGUUACAAAUGGAAGAUUACGUUGUCUGGACACCUUGUAAAACCCCAUGAAUGAGGCAGGACAAUAGCACAAUAAAAGCCUCAUCUGGAAGCAUCCUGAAUCAUGGAGUGCCUGCAUAUUUAUUGGCUCCUUGUUCAGUCUCCUCAUAGAAGUGUGUAUUGUCUUAGGAUGCAAGUAAAGGACUGCUUGCAUGCAAGCGCCCCAUGUCCAAAUCUGAUUUAUUUAUUCUUUUCCAUGUACAUAUCAUUUUUAACAAUCUGAGAGAUGGCUUAUAUUAAAAUAAUUAAAAGAAUCAAACAAGAAUAUCAAAAACUCAUCCAUAGCUUAUAGAAAAUUUUGCUGGCUUAGUUUUCUCCCUUUGUAUAAGGGGAGACUUUAUUUUGGAGUUCAUCUCAGUUGCAGUGUGUGGUAAGUGGACUGUACCACAAGAGCACCUGUGCAUAAUAGGUUGUAGGAUGCUGUAGUUUUCAGUGAAUGCCUUAGGAUGUCUAAAUUGAAAGUGCCUCUCUAUUGAGCUCCCUUGACACAUAAGCUAAGCUAACAGCCAACCAUCAAGCUUGGUUCAAUGUAUAUUUUAUGAGUUUGGCAAUUUUGUACUCUACUACAUAGUAUCAGCGACGGAGGAGGGUUGGUGCUUUCCCACAGAUUGAUUUGGAAUUGGGCUUGACAAACCAAAUCAUUUUUAUUUUUUAAAAAAAUCACAUCAUUGAUUUUCUUCUAAAUCCAAUUCUAAGCCCAAUUUGUAACCACUGUGCUUCUAAUGAUCUCAUUGCGAGCGUGAUGGGAUGCAAGCAUUUUAUUCCCUGCGGCAUGCCUCCUUCCCACUUAAUUGGCAUAGUGGCUGCAGCAACUACUACUACAGGGAGGCCUUUCUAGAGGCCUCCAUGGCACCUGCUGAGAAUUGUAUGUUUUUCAGCCCUCAGCUGCCAAGGAAACUAUACGUCCUAUAAUUUCAAGAGUGCCGAAAGUGACAAUAUAUAUAAAAAAAAGUUAAUUAAAAAAAAUACAGAUUGAACUAUGGCCAUUGGCCAAACUGAAGUAGAUUCUUCAUUGCCACUUCUGUUUAAAUUUCCGGUAUUCUAGUAUAUGCACAUCUGUGCCUUCUAGAUCAUGGUACCACAGACCCUGAGUUCCGUGGCAUGAAAGGAUAUUGGUGUGCUAAAGCACAGUAUAGAUAAAUAGUGAAGAUUACUUCAAUGCUGUUCUCAAUCUAUCCACUUUUCAAGGAUAGCUGAUGCGAAGGCAAGGCAAAUUGUGAACAAAUUGUGAGCUGCGCUUUAUCUAUCCCUAAUUGGCCAUAGUUUAGAGCUGAUGCACACAGGCUAUUUGUCUUUGGUGACAAUGUUCUUUUAAAUUUCUUGUUGAAACACAGCUUUCACAGAUGAAUGAGAGAGCUUUAUGAACACUGUCCUUGCCAGUAGGAAUCAAGUUGAUGGAUUAUUUAUUCAUUGCAUCACUUACUGUAAAUUAGUUGUAUGAACUGUCCCUCAAGGGUAGGCAGAAAAUUGAGUCCAAGAAUAAUGUCGUAACUUGGAACUUGGCCUGGAUUCUGUACAUGGAAAUUGAUUAACUUAACCUGAUAAUUGUACAAUGCAAUCCUAUGCCUGUCUACUCAGAAGUAAAUCAACUUACUUCAAUGGGGUUUACUCCCAAGUAAAGUUGGUAUACUUAAACACAAGCAUAUUUCUAAGUAAACACGCAUAGUGCAGCAAUGUUAGUGUCUUUAGAAACCUCAAAAUGCCCUUAAAUAGAGCACUUAGAGUAUCCUUAAAGUAAUUAAUACUUCAAAGCUCUCAAAAUUUAUUCACAAAUUGUUAAGGGUUUAAGAAUAAUCAUGCUCUGAAACCAAUUUUACUACUGCUGUAAAGGCACUUUAGAUAACUAUAUCCCUCUCUCUCUUUAAUGUAUGUCUUUUAAAAAAUAGUUGCCCAAGAUUUUGUACCACCUUUUUGUUCUCCCCCUUUUGUGCUCUUGCUUAGGACUGUGAUCCAACAAAGUUAUAAGCAUGAAAAGGAGAAUAACGCACGUACACACAGCUGGAAUUUGCAGUUACUUACUCUGCUGAUGCAGCCAGCUGCAUUUUUGAGUGAAAAGUAGCUUGCCUUUUCAGCUCUGCAGACAGCUUCAGUUCAGACUUUAAACAAUCCUCCAGCUAAAUGAGCACAGGAAGUUCCUGGAUGUAUAAAAGGUUUGAAUGUGCGGUCAUGAAAUGGGGAGAUGCAGAGACAUUUCCGUAUGAUAUCUAGCAGGAAGUAACAUAGCACUGCCUUCAUAUCUGGUCCAUAAGCUGAAUAGUGAGUGCCACUGAUAAAGGAUUUAAAUUUGCAGCAAGGUCUGGAAAGUAUAUAAAGCUAAUAUUCUUUGAAGAUGUAUUUCUACAACUCUGAUGGGUUCCAGUUAGAUUUGUAAUGAGUUGGACAGGCAGCUGUUCUGAGUAGCUUUGGUUAAUAUUCCUUGAACGAGGGACAGUGUUAUAAGUUUGAAUCUUACUUCUCCAGUUAUUUUAAACUCUGAACAUUUUUUAAACUAAUGCUCCUGUCUAUGAGCUAAGAAAGAGACAUCGUUUUAUGAGUCCUAUAAUAGUAAGUCACUGUCACAUGGUGACAAUAAGGAAGAAAAGCCUGAAUCCCAGAGUGAUUGAUUUAGAGCUUAACAGCUCAGCCACAGAACUACAUGUUUUUACAAACAGCAGCCUAGCUUAUGAAUUCAGCCCUCUUCUAUCCAGAUUAAGUAAGCAUCUCAACAGUUGCUUCAGCCAAUUUUGUGAUAGUUAUAAUUAUUGGUUUUCAAAACUAUAUUAAGAUUUGUCUUAUGAGAAUAUAAAUUAUUCUAAUUUACUUAAGAAAUAGCUGUUUGCAAAAUCUGUUGUAUAGCAGGUUUGGGUUGUU